CGCCCCGUCCAUUCUGUAACAAACACUCACCGAGUACGCUGCGCACUUUUCGCGACUUUCGCGACGCAAACUUCGCAUCCACUCAAACACUAAAUAAACACACGGAAUUACUAACGAAAGUAAUAAAAACACAGUGACAAUGAAGAGUGGACUGAUACUCCUCACGAUUUGUGCUUUCACCGCAGCAAUGGUGGCUAAAGAGAGGCGGGCGAUGAACCCCGACGAGGAGGUACACCGUGAGGUCAGUUCCAGUACAACAACAACAAGCAAACCGCCGAAGAUCUGCGACCCUCAGACUCCCUGCGCGUGGUCUACUUACCAGGUCACACCGGCCAAAUUCAUCGACUUAAACCUCACUAAUUCAUAUUGCGUAUGCGGCCCCGGUACGGUAUGCCAGGAGAACGAAGACGAUGUGGCUGUCCGCGCGUACAUCUACCGAUGCAGGCCUCCCGUGGCUGAAGAGGAGAAUUCUGAGGAGACAGAAAGCUAACAGCGAGUGGCUCAGAGCGACCACCUCGCCGACAGACGUCCCUUGUCCCAGACAGCCACGGGUCACGCAAAUCAAUUACGAGUAUAAUAUGCGUAUGAAGUUUCACUUACCUACAUCACUUUUUCGCCUCCAUUUGAACUACAUAUUUCAUGCCAAUGCAAAUAAUACUUAGUGUUUGUGUGUACGUCGAAGUCAAACCUUCAAACGUGUUAACAUGUAUUUGGUUUCAUUGAGUCAUUUUCAUAAUCGUUUCAUAAGUACAUGCCGCAGCCAAUACAAACUUUUUCUCUUUGACGUAGAAAAUCUUGCGGAUUCUUUUAUAUUUAUAUAUAUUUGACAAAGCUGUUUUGGAUAAAAUUUAUAAUUAAAAAAAAAUGUUGACACAAUUGUCGCAGGAUUUUCAGAGUGAUACAAUAAUAAUAUUUAAUUUAAAAUCAAAUCAUCCCAAAUCACCUUUUGGCUGCGGUCUAAACUUCAUUGUUACAAUUUAUUCUUAUAUUUAUAGGACAUUUUAUCAUAUUCAUUAAUGUAUUUAGAAACAAGAUAUAAAAUGGAAUGUUUUAAAAAUGUAAUUUAAUUAUUUCAUUGUUCAUUUAAUGGGUGGUGCUUAAAAUUCGAAUUAUUUUUCUGGACUUCAAAGGUAUCAUCAUUUGGAAUGUAUCAUAAAGAAAAAUAGUAUAUUUGUUUUUGUAUUCCGCCUCUAUUCUAUGUACAUUUUAAUGCAAUCAUACAAUUUCCAGGGUAACUAUUACUUACCUGUAUCAUAUAAUAAACGACAAGUACUUAUUAGGUAUUAGCUAGCAGAUAUUGUAUUUAGGUAUCAUUCAUUGUGCUGGACGGGACAAGUGCGUUAUUUUGAAGUUCCUAUUUUUAUAAUUUUUAAUUAAUUUAUACCAUUAUUUUUAUAAGCUUUUCUGGCAAUUAAUUUUCUGUCAUGACGAAACAAAUAAAAAUGUGGAAUUGUCAUGUGACUGUGUUAGAACUUAGAUCGCGUAUUCUUUUAAGUUUUUUUUUAAUUGCAAAAUUAGCUAUUCGGCAUAAUGUUUUAACUUUUAAUAUUAUUAUUCGUACAUGAUUUUAGUGAAAUUAGAAUUAAUUUGAUAACGUAAUAAAUGAAUAAGAACUAA